CCUCUCCCUCCGUCCCCAGCGCUGCUGGUCGCCGUCAGCUCCGCCGUGGACAAGGUCAUCGCGCACUUCAGCACCGCACGGAACCUGGUGCAGAAGGCCCAGCUGGGGGACAGCCGGCUCAACCCCGACGUGGGGUACCUGCUGCUGCACACGCUCUGCCCCGCGCUCUACGCCUUGGUGGAGGACGGGCUGAAGCCGUUCCAGAAGGAUGUCAUCACGGGCCAGCGGAAAAAUUCCCCCUGGAGUGUGGUGGAAGCCUCCGUGAAGACAGGCCCCAACACCCGCUCCCUGCACUCCCUGUGCUGGCACGUGGCCGGGCUGGCCCCCCUCAGCAGCACCAGGCAGAAGUUCCAUGCCUUUAUCCUCGGCCUUCUCAACAUUAAACAGCUGGAGUUGUGGAUAUCUCACCUGCAGAAGAGCCCAGGUGUGAUCUCCGUGCUUUACUCACCCACGGCCUUCUUUGCCCUGAGCCAAGGCCCUCUUCCCCACCUCGCUGAUGAACUGCUGCUGCUCAUCCAACCCCUCUCGGUGCUGACUUUCCACCUGGACUUGCUCUUUGAACACCAUCACCUCUCCGUGGAUGUCCGGCCCUUGUCCCGCCGGUUGGAGUCGCCGCUGUCUCCCGGCCGUGGCCCCGUCCCGGUGCGGGGGGCUGUGUCUCUGGGGGGCCUCAGCGGUGCUGCCGGGCACAGCCUGGAGGAUGAGACCCCCCCCGAUGCUCUGGGCAGGGUGGGGGGCGCAGGGGGCAGCACAAGGGCCCGGUCCCAAGCCACCAUGGGUGGGCUGGUCCCUACCCCGCCAGUGGGGGCUGCCCUGCACCAAACCUUCCAGCACGUGCUGCGCUGGGGCGACCGGCUCAGCCGCACCUUGCUGGGGUCUGACACCUCCCCGCAGAGCCACGGGCCUGAGGAGGGCACUGGGGGCACUGGGGCUGGCCUCAGUGGCUGGUGGGGCCAGCUGAGCCAGAGCUCCAGGAUUUACACUGCUCCUAGCAAGGAAAAGUUCCCCUUGGUCUGGUGGACGAAGCUGCGGGCGGCUGCGGGGGAUCCCAGCCCGGGCCAGGCUGUGCAAUCCCAAACUUCCAUGAGUGAGCCCAGGGCCACAGAGCUGCAGCUCCUUCAGACCAAAGCUGUCCCCGAAUGCUCCGGCCCAAAGCCCAGCAGCAGCAGCACUGACACCUCAGGGACCUCUUCCCCUGAAGACCUGUUCUUGCCCACUGCAACUGGAGCACUCACCAAGCUGGAUGAUCCCAGUGCUGGAAAGAAUCUCCUGGCUGCUUCCCCAGAGCCUCCUGCCAGCAGGACCCAGGCAGCACCUUCUGGCCCAGAGAUGGGUAAUCCUCCCAGUCCUGACAAGGGCAGCUGGCUGGGCCGGCUCUUUGGAGCCACCAGCCCCUCGUCCAGGAGCUUCCCUCCCAGCCCUGACGCCGUCUUGGCCAGGUCCAGGAGACCGUCCCGCUGGCUGUCCCCCAGCCCUCGUGUCCUGGCCGGGGUGGUGAAGGGCCUGGCGUCCGACAGGAGCCGCGCUCCGGAGCAGCCGGACAGGAGCAGCCCCGUCCUGCCCCAGACCCACAGGGCGGUUCGGGCGCUGUGUGACCACACGGGCACCGCCGACGGGCACCUGAGCUUCCAGAAAGGAGACAUCCUGGAGCUCCUCUCCACUGUGGAUGAAGACUGGAUCCGCUGCUGCCAUGGAAACAGCACCGGCCUCGUUCCUGUUGGUUACACAUCCCUGAUUUUGUGAGGAGGUGGAAGGGAGCUGAGGAAGCAGCUGAGCUUUGCCGGGAUGGGUGCCAGCUCUGGGAGGGGAUGUCUCCUGCCAGACCUCCGGGGCUGGCAGCUCCCAGGGGACCCUGCCCUGUGCCUGUCACUGCUGCAUGACGCCACCGGCUGCCACCGUCUCCUCCUCCUCUUCCUCCUCCUCAUCUCAGGGAGGUUCCUCAGCUGCUGCCCACCCCCGUGCAGGGCAGGGAUGGGUCGUGUCCCUGUGUCUGUCCCUUCCCGGCCCUCACACUGCCCCGUGUCACCGUGUCCUGCCACCGCUGCCACCUCCCCGAGCCCUGCUCAGCACUCUGUACAUAGAGUAACCACAGGAAUGAGCUUGUUCCACCGGGAAAAAUACUGGAAAUAAAGGUUGUGACUCACCUGUG